UGGAGAGUGCUGUAAUAACUUCUUUUCACAUUAUUUUAAAGUCUUACAGCUGGUUCCUGAUUCCCAUUGGUUUCUAACAGUUCAGAAACAGGAUGCAGCUGAUUUCCCUGUCAGUUUCUUGGAAGCCAGUGCUGACAUAUCUACAUGCUGUCCUGCUCUGUCCUGCAUUCAAGCCUUGGGUAUGCCACUGCAGGAUGAAGUACAGCAUGAAGGUUUCUGUGCUCGAGAGGCAGAUAUUUGACUUCCUUGGUUAUCAGUGGGCACCCAUCUUGGCAAAUUUUAUACACAUUAUUGUAGUCAUACUUGGCUUAUUUGGAACCAUCCAGUAUAGACCUCGUUACAUAACAGGAUAUGCUGUCUGGCUGAUCCUUUGGGUUACAUGGAAUGUGUUUGUUAUCUGCUUCUACUUGGAGGCUGGGGACCUUUCAAAGGAAACAGAUCUCAUUCUGACUUUUAAUAUCUCAAUGCAUCGUUCAUGGUGGAUGGAGAGGCCGGGCUGCACCGUGACUUCAGUAACUCCAGCUCCAGACUGGGCACCAGAGGAUCAUCGCUAUAUCACUGUCUCGGGGUGUUUUCUAGAGUAUCAUUACAUAGAAGUGGCUCACAGUUCUCUUCAGAUCUUCCUUGCGCUGGCGGGCUUCAUCUAUGCCUGUUAUGUUGUGAAAUGUAUUACUGAAGAAGAGGACAGCUUUGAUUUCAUAGGUGGAUUUGACUCUUACGGCUAUCAAGGCCCACAGAAGACAUCUCAUCUACAGUUACAGCCCAUGUAUAUGUAA